GGGGUUAAUGUCUCCGAAUUGCCUGAGCAGAGAAGUUAUCCAGCCAAUAAUAAACAAGGUAGAUUCCUGGAUGAUGUCAGAAUUACAACUUCAACACUCCAAGAGGGAAAGGGGGAAAUCUUAAAAUCAGAGAUCCGUCAGACAGCGAGAAGUAGUGUGUGGGAUAGAACUUCGCUAUGGAAUGGAUGCUGUACGUUCUUCACACAGGGUUCCAAGCUAUAGUCCACCACUGGGCGGCGACUGAGUCUCUGACCACUAAGGAGGCCACUGGGCAGGCUGAGCUCAUAGGGGACAUCCCUGAGUAAUAUGGAGCAAGUGGAAUAAAGUGUCAAGUCAACUACUUAGACCUGGACUGACUUCAAUGAGGAUUUGGCAUCUGCAGAGAUAAGACCCUGGCUAUACAGAGAGCUCUGAGGAACACAAUUAAACUCUGUUAUCCUAAAUGCAAGAAUGUUCUUCACCUGACAACUUAGCAAGGACUCAUUGCACAGGUCCAGUCUCUCAUCCGUCCUGAAGAUGUAUGAAGUUCUUCCCAUUCCAUCCUUGAACAGUGUUCUUCUCUCCUUCCUGAGCAUUCUAGCUGCUGUAUACAUAUGGAAUUGGAUCAACGUCUGGAUUAUCCCCAGAUUUUCUGGAAACUCUCCUUCACCACCUGGUCCUUUCCCAUGGCCAUUGAUUGGCAAUGCUUUGCAGCUAGGUAGUUCUCCUCAUUUGUCUUUCGUGAGCUUAGCCAGGCGAUACGGCGAGGUAUUCCAGAUCAAGCUGGGCAGCCAGAAGGUGGUUGUCCUCAAUGGGGAAAAGAUCAUUCGCCAAGCACUGCUGCAGAAGGGAGCAGACUUCGCUGGUCGUCCUGAUUUUGCUUCAUUCCAGUUUGUAUCAGGGGGACGAAGUUUGGCAUUUGGUGCCUAUAAUGAGAGGUGGAAAGCUCAUCGCAAAGUGGCCCAUUCCACUGUGAGAGCCUUCUCCACUGGUAACCCCCAGACCAAGCAAAGCCUGGGACAACACGUUCUCAGUGAGACCAGGGAGCUCAUUGAAUUGUUCUCGGAACUUGGUCAGGGAGGUAAGUCCUUCUCCCCUGGAAGACAUCUGGUGGUCGCCGUGGCCAACGUGAUGAGUGCUGUGUGCUUUGGUCAGCGCUAUAGCCAUGGCGAUCUAGAGUUCCAGUCUCUCCUAAGUAAUAAUGACAAAUUCAGUAAGACUGUAGGGGCCGGCAGUCUGGUGGAUGUAAUGCCUUGGCUCCAGUAUUUCCCAAACCCAGUGAGAAAUGUCUUCAGAACCUUCCAGCAGGUCAACCAUGAGUUCUACAGCUUCGUCUACAGCAAGUUCCUCCAGCAUCGCCAUACAGUCAUGCGGGGGGUUACCAGAGAUAUGCUGGAUGCUCUCAUUCACACCUUAAUAGGGAAGGAUGGCAACAAGGAGACAACUCAAAAUGGAAUAGAAAAAGAAGCGGGGGUUAAGAAUGGCCAGCCAGGCAAUCACUUGCUGGAGAGUGACCAUGUUCCAUCUACUGUAACAGACAUAUUUGGGGCCAGUCAGGAUACCUUGUCCACAGCCAUGCAAUGGCUGUUCUUCUUCCUUAUCAGAUAUCCAGACGUUCAGAAAAAGAUGCAAAAGGAACUUGACAAGAUCGUUGGGAGAGGUCGUUUGCCUUGCAUAGAUGAUCAGCCAAGUCUACCCUACAUCAUGGCAUUUCUUUAUGAAUUAAUGCGUUUUAGCAGCUUUGUCCCUGUCACCAUUCCACAUGCAACAACAAAGGAUACACAUUUAAUGGGUUAUCAUAUUCCAAAAGACACUGUAGUGUUUGUCAAUCAAUGGUCUGUCAAUCAUGAUCCUAUGAAAUGGUCCUCUCCAGAAGAAUUUGACCCUUCUAGAUUUCUAGAUGAUAAAGGCUUUCUAGACAAAGACCUAGUAAGUAGUAUCAUGAUCUUCUCAGUUGGCAAGAGGAGAUGUAUCGGUGAAGAGUUAUCAAAGCUGCAAUUGUUUCUUUUUGCUUCAGUCUUAGUCCACCAGUGUGAAUUUACUGCUGACCCUACAUGUAACCUCAAUCAGGAAUGUGACUAUGGACUGAGCCUCAAGCCCAAACCAUUCACGAUCACCAUGACCCUUCGGGAUGGAAACAUGAACUUGUUGAACAACUCUGUUCUCAGAAUGAAUACUGAAUAAUAACACAGUGAACAUUGAACAUUUGAGAACAAAAUUGUGAAUCGUGUUCCAUCAUUCUUGUCUUUUCACACAAAGAACAAAACUGAAACUGGUCAAAAAAACAAUGAAAUUUU